UUGUCGGUGGUGACGGAGACGCGGGCGGACAGCGCGUGCUCCAGAUACUCGUUCAUUCGCUUUGACUGCGGCGGCUGUGGCGGAGCCUCCAUCACCAUGACUGGCGUCCUGUGGAUUACUCUCACUGCGUGUUAAAGCGGGAACAAGAGGCACCAUGGCUGAGAGGUUGGAAUGGGUGGAAAUCAUCGAGCCGCGCACCCGGGAGCGCAUGUACGCCAACCUGCUCACAGGAGAGUGUGUUUGGGACGCCCCGGCGGGGGUGCGGAUCAAACGCAGUGGACAGGACCAGUGGUGGGAGCUUUUCGAUUCCAAAACGUCCCGAUUCUACUACUAUAAUGCUUCUACCCAGCGCACCGUUUGGCACCGCCCACACAGCUGUGACAUCAUCCCCCUCGCCAAGCUACAAACCCUCAAGCAGAACACCAACAUGGCUCCGCCCACUGCUACGACGACCAGUGCCUCCGCCGACAGCAGCCCCGCCCGCAGCGCCGUCAGCACCACAUCAUCACAGGAGCAGGAGGAGAAGACGUCCGCCGCCGAGGAGGGAGAGAGAUUUAGAUGGGGCACUGGCACCAGAGAGAGGAUGCUCAUCAAGGUGUCGGAUCGGGAACCUAGUUUUCUGACGCAGGGAAACGGAUACUCCAGUUCUUCCCCACGUUCCAGACGCUCGUCCAGCAAUGCUCCGUCGGACCCUGAAGCCACGCCCCUUUCCCUGCCUGACCGGCCCGCAACGCAAUCCCCAUUCCUGAAGAGGGCAGAGUUGGGCGGCACUCAGCGGCGCUGCUCGGGCGAUUCCCAGCCAUCGUCCCCUCGCUAUGCGUACGAGCCUCCUUUGUAUGAGGAACCGCCCUCGGAAUACCAGUCCCCGCCUAUUUAUGAGGAACCGCCCACUGAUAUGCAUUGCGACCCGGCAUUUUUUGGCUCCGACAGGUCUCCGGCGCGAAAACCAGGUCUUUACCACUCCCCCAAGCAAAGCCCGUCUCCUUACGGUCAACUGGUGUUGACAAGACAGCGGAGCUCAACGCCCGAGAAAACGCCCAACCAAGGCGACUAUAGCUCAAGUGGGCGGGACUAUAGCUCUGCAGGGCGGGACUACAGCUCCAGUGGGCGGGAUUAUAGCUCGGGCGUGAGGGACUACAGCUCUGGCGGUCGGGAUUACAACUCUAGUGGACGGGAGUAUAGCGCCGCUGGGCGGGAAUAUGUAAAGCAGCUAGUUUAUGUUGAGCAGUCUGGCUCCUCCCCUCGAUUUAGGACGACAGAACGUCUGCUGAGCUACGGGACGACCAGUUCAAAUAGCCUAUCAGCCGGAUUUUCUUACGGCGGCUCCUUUACGCUACAGCACAGUCACGACCUCAAUGGUGGCAAUCGUAAACGUAAGAACCGGAAGCCGUCUUUGCCGGGAGGAGAGGGGGAAGGCAUGGGAUCAGGUCUCGGGGCGAUGAUCACUCAAGCCCGGUUGGCAUGGGAGGCUCAGCAGAUGUUACAUCAGCGAGGGGGCGUGUCCUCCGACCAGGGAGUGAAAGACGGGUAUGAGAGUGACGGGGCGACGCCCCUGCCGCUGCCUGGCCCGGUGGUGCGGGCUUUCAGCGAAGACGAAGCGCUGGCGCAGCAGGACAGCCACUGGAAGCGCGCCACCCUGGACAGACUGGCAUUUCCUCAGGCGCUUCUAGAAAAGAGUCUGUCCGUGCAAACCAAUCUGGCAUCACCAGAACCUUACCUCCAUCCCUCGCAGUCGGAAGAUCUCGGAGCGUGUUCUCAGUUCGAGGCCAGCCGGAACGCCCGGAACAUGAUGCCCAGUGCGAGCUGUGGCGUCUUCCCAGAGUUCACGCUCCGCAAACCGUCCUCGGAGACGGACAUCGAGAACUGGGCAUCCAAACACUUCAACAAGCACACCCAGGGUCUGUUCAGGAGGAAAGUCUCCAUCGCCAACAUGCUGGCCUGGAGCAGCGAACCCAUCAAGAAGCCCAUGAUCGUGACUUCCGACCGAACCGUCAAGCGCGAGGCCGUGGAGCUCUUCAAACUGAUCCAGACCUUCAUGGGCGACCGGCGGGGCAAAGGAGACCCUCUGUCGGUGGCUCUGGAGGUGGCCGUGAGGGGCUGGAGCUGUCAGGGCCUGAGGGACGAGCUUUACAUCCAGCUGUGCAGACAAACCACGGAGAACUUCCGCUACGACAGCCUUCAGAGAGGCUGGGAGCUCAUGGCCAUCUGUCUGGCCUUCUUCCCCCCGACGCCUCGCUUCCACAACUACCUGGAGGGCUACAUCUACAGACACAUGGACCCGCUGAACGACACCAAGGGAGUGGCGAUAAGCAGCUAUGCUAAAUACUGUUACCGUAAACUCCAGAAAGCUGCGCUCACCGGAGCCAAGAAGGGUUUGAACAAGCCCUCAAUAGAGGAGAUCGCUCAUGCUCGCAACGCCAUCUUUAGGCCCUCCAUGUUCGGUUCGUCUCUGGAGGAAGUGAUGGCGAUGCAGAAGGACCGUUACCCUGAUCGCCAGCUGCCGUGGGUUCAGACGCGUCUCUCAGAGGAAGUGCUCGGCUUGAACGGAGACCAGACUGAGGGCAUCUUCAGGGUGCCUGGAGACAUUGAUGAAGUAAACGCGCUGAAAUUACAGGUGGACCAAUGGAAGGUGCCAACUGGCCUGGAGGACCCACAUAUUCCAGCGUCCCUGCUGAAGCUUUGGUACAGAGAGCUGGAGGAGCCGGUGAUUCCUCACGAGUAUUAUGAGCAGUGUGUCAUGAACUACGACAGUCCUGCAGCUGCUGUCAACGUCGUUCUCAACCUCCCUCACAUCAACAAACUGGUGCUCUGCUACCUCAUCCGAUUCCUACAGGUGUUUGCUCAAGCCGCCAGUGUGUCCAUGACUAAGAUGGACGUCAGUAAUCUGGCGAUGGUUAUGGCCCCCAACUGCCUGCGCUGCCAGUCCGACGACCCGCGCGUCAUCUUCGAGAACACGCGGAAAGAAAUGAGCUUCAUCCGCGUGUUGAUCCAGCACCUCGAUACGAGCUUCAUGGACGGGGUGCUAUAGCACAAACACUUCAAACACACACAUUAACAUUCACACCUAACAAGUUUUGCGGGUGAAAAGAACCGUUCGCCCACACAUGAAUCACCCAGCAAGCUCCUAUCUUUUACAAGUACUCGCAUUAUACACACCGUUUAGAUCAACACCAUCCCCGAUGAUUUCUGAAUGUUUCUGAAUAGAUAAACCAUCCGUCCUCACAUGAUAGUGACUGUCCUGCUUUGGUUUCUAGCGUGCAUGUAUGUACUGAAAGUGUCCGUUUCUGUUUUUUAACUCGACUGACGUGUAGAACAGUCUGUCUGAUUUUAUAUGAUUAAUUUAUUUAUUUAUUUGAAUAAGGGUUUGUAAGUAUUGUACUGCCUUUUGAAAUAGAGACAUCUGUCCUCACUGAUGAUCACAUGCAUUGAUCUGUGUGUGUGUGAGAGAGCGAGCGAGCGAGCGAGUGUGUGUAUGAGUUCAUCACAUUCAGCGCUAAUUGUUUUAUACACUAUUGUGUACGUCUCACUGAAAUGGUGCAACACAAGUGCCCCUCAUAGCAAACUACCUUCAGUAAAGGUGAAGUGACAUGAUUUAUACACUUUCUGGUUGAAUCAGAAAGUGUUUAACAUCCAGAAUAUCACCUUUAAAUUCUCACAUAUACAAACAAGCAUCCAAACACCAUCAUUUACACACACACACACACACAGAUCUGGUUUGGUGCUUGUAAUGAUCUAUAUAUCACACUGCCAAACACACAAUAUUGAUAUUGACGCCCAUUCCUGCCUCCAGGAGGCUAUUGGUGAGAAACAAAUGAGACAAAAGAGAGACAGACAAUAACGGAGGGAGAGAUAAGCAGUUGUGAAUCUUAUGAAGAAAUUUCCGGGUCAUAUUUCACCACAAAAUCGAGAGAAUUUAUGUCAGAAUAUAUAAAAAAAAAAGGCCCUAAAAAUAGUUUUGAGGUGAAAUAUGAACGUUCGACAGACAAAGAUGUUCGUAUGUUUGGCUUCUCCACAUUUCUGCACACCCUGAUCUGUCAUGGUCACAUGUUCACGUCCUCAUCUGUACAAAACAAUGUGUAAAAAUACAAAUAAAAAGCUAAAACGAAAGAUAACAAAAUAGUUACUAUUACAGUAUUUGACAGCAGGAGCGUUUAAUAUUCACGUUUAGGUUUGGAUCUCAAAACUCAUCCAUUAGCAAAAACUUAGAUUUAAAAAAUAAUAAUAAUAAUGCAGAUAUGGUAUGAAAUAUGAUUAUAUGUCUGAUAUAAGAUGUUGAAGGGAAGAAAAUCCGUGAGCGGACCACUUUGACCUGCGUCCUGAGACCAGCGCACACAAACACACAGGAUUAUGGGAGAUUGUGCUGUAUGCAGAGCUGUUUCUCGUCACAGGUUUACGCUCAUGGUGUUACUGUAUUUAUGGAGUCAUGUUAAUAAACCCCCUCUCCCUCCUUUUGUUCUGAGGUCAAAGGUUACUCUGGACGUUACGGUCGAGCUGAACGUUGUUUAUUAAACAGUUCGAAGGA